AUGAAAACAUUAAUAGAAAAUCCCAGGGCAUUUAAAAACACUUACUGGGACGUUCCCAAUUAUUCUAAUGCUUUGAUGAUUGAUUCUGAAUUGUUUAUAAAUGUUAUAAAGUCCAUUCACCACCGAACAAAUGUGGUGCUCGGUUUGUUCCGAUGGGCUGAGUGGGAAGCUGAGAAGGCCUUUAGUGUGAAUUUGCACUGUGUUGCUGAUGUAUUGAUUGAUGGAUACUUGAAAUGUGAUGUCUCUGUUAAGUUACAUGAUUUAUUAUUGUGGGUGUACUCGAAAAAAUCUGAUGUUAAGCAUUGUUUAAUUGUUUUUCAUAAGAUGGUGGGGAGCAGGUUUUUGCCGGAUGUGAAGAAUUGUAACAGAACUCUUAGGAUACUUAGGGAUAGAAAUUUGGUUGGGAAAGCUAGAGAGGUGUAUGGUAUGAUGGGGGAUAUUGGGAUCGAGCCUACUAUUGUAACCUAUAACACGAUGUUGGAUUUGUUUUGUAAAAAAAGUGAAGUGCUGCAGGCACUUGACCUUUUGCUGGAGAUGCAGAGGAGGGACUUCUGUCCGAAUGAUUUUACAUAUAAUGUUCUGAUUAAUGGGUUGUCAAAGAAAGGUGAGUUUGAUCAGGCCAAAGAGCUGAUUGUGGAGAUGUUGAAUAAAAGGUUGAAGGUUUCAGCUUAUACAUAUAACCCUCUUGUAUGUGGUUAUUGUCACAAGGGAAUGCUGAUUGAGGCACUAGGGCUUAGGGAAGAGAUGGAAGUUAGAGGAGCCUUGCCGUCUAUAUCGACUUAUAAUGCAUUUAUGCAUGGCUUCUGCAAGCUAGGGAGAGUGAGUGAUGCCAGGAUGUGGAUUCCUGUGAUGCUGAAGAGGAACUUGGUGCCUGAUGUAGUUACAUACAACACUCUAAUAUAUGGACACUGUCAGUUGGGGGAUGUUACCGAGGCUUUGUUCUUGUUGUUUGAGAUGAGGAGAAGGAAUGUUGACCCUACUUUAUACAAUGAUGGAUGGAUUGUGCAACAUGGGGAUUUAGAUGGUGCUAUGCGUCUGAAAGAUGAAAUGAUCGAUUAUGGCAUUUUUCCUGAUGCUUUUAGCUAUACAGUUCUCAUAGAAGGUUCUUAUAAGGCAGGAAACUUACUGAUGGCAAAGAAAGUAUUUGAUGAGAUGGUGAGCGAAGGAGUGGAGCCUGACCGGCUUUCGUACACAACUUGCAUUACGGGUGAACUGAAGCUUGGUGAGUAA